AUGGCUUCAUCCGGGACUUGCGAUGACCUCUCCAUUGAGGAUGUGUUCAGUCCACAGGCCGAUGGUGCGCAGCCCUCAAUUGACAUCUCGACCAAUCACCAUGGCCUCGACAUGCACAUGGGCGUUCCGGGGAUGAUCAACACCGGAAAUGUUCCGCCGCCGACGCUCAACCCGAAUCUGCUGGCCGGCAAGUCGCAGCGGCGAAAGAAGAAGAAGAAGCAAGCCACCCAGGCCGAUCCGGCUCGCUCGACCGUGCGCGGCUUCACGCCCCUGGCUUCUGGUGACGAAGACUCGGACUUUUCGACAACCAGCUCCCGCGUGGCCGAAUCGCGCCCCACGACUUCGCUUGGCAGCCGGGCCAGUCCCCUGGUGCAGCCCUCCGUGGGCCACGGAGUGAGCGCAUUGAAGCUCCAGCUCGAUUCACUGAGUCUUAAUGGCAGCCAGACCGCUGUGUCCAAUGGACAUUGCUCUGAAGUAACCAGCAAUGCGAGUGUCAACUCCGACAGCGACAAUACUGAGGUUUUGACCAGCUACGAAGUGCCCCUGGAGCAUGACUUCGUUAGCGCCGAUGCGGAGGAAGAGAAAUCCGAGACCACUGCUGCAGAUGUAGCGGGUCCUGACGCCGACAUGCGCAACAAGCUGUGCCGGAAGAUGACUGCGGGCGAUUUUGAGCCUCUGCUUUGCCUCGGCAAGGGCUCAUUUGGAACAGUGUUGCUGGUGCGGCAUGUGGUCACGGGAAAGCUGUAUGCGCAGAAGCAGUUCCGCAAGGCCUCGCUCAUCGUGCACAAGAAGCUGGUGGAGCAGACCAAGACGGAGCGCACGAUUCUGGAGAGUGUCAACCGGCACCCGUUUGUCGUUAAGCUGUUUUAUGCCUUCCAGGACCACGAGAAGCUGUAUUUGAUCCUGGAGUACGCGCAGGGCGGCGAACUCUUCACUCAUCUGGCCAUGGAGCGCAUGUUCGACGAAGACGCGGCGGCGUUCUACAUGGCCGAGAUGGUACUUGCGCUCGAACAUCUGCACCAGAAUGUCGGAGUGCUGUAUCGCGACCUCAAGCCCGAGAACUGCCUGCUGGACCGCAAAGGCCACCUUCUGCUGACCGACUUCGGACUGAGCAAGAUCGCAGUGAGCGACGACGACCGCUGCAACUCCUCCCUCGGCACAAUCGAGUACAUGGCGCCUGAGGUGGUUCAGGGUAAGCCGUACGGCAAGGCUUGCGACUGGUGGUCGCUGGGUGCGCUGGGCAUUGAUUUGCUCACGGGAUCGCCGCCGUUCCGCGCCAACAACACUGCCAAGCUGCAGGAGAAGAUCGUGAAGCAGAAACUCGUCUUGCCUUACUUCCUCGGCCCCGACGCCAAAGACCUCCUCAUCCGCCUGCUGCGCAAAGACCCCGCCAAACGCCUCGGCUACCACAUGCCCAAGGACCUGACCACCAUCAAGAAGCACCGCUUCUUCCGCAAGAUCGACUGGGCUGCCCUCGAGCGCCGCGACCUCACCCCUCCGAUUCAGCCUGUCGUCACCGAUCCCGCUCUCGCCGAGAACUUCUCUGCCGACUUCACCCACAUGCCUCUCAGCCCAACUAUCGCCCCUGCGGACAUCGACGGUUAUUUCGACCCAAUCCACGGCAACAAAGGCCCCUAUUGCACCGAUUCCGGCUCCCGUGCCUUGUCGACUGGCUUGUCGGGCCAGGCUAGUGGCGAGGCCGACCCCUUUGGGGGCUUCAGCUUUGUGGCUUCGAGCAGUCUGCUGGACCAGGGACUGAGCGUGAUGACUGAGGGAUAUUGA